AUGAGCAAUAACCCAACAGACUCCGGAGAUUCAUACAGCGACCCCGGAAAAACACAAGGAAGCAUCAUCUACGUCCUCGGUGUCUCUGUUGCCCUUAUUGUCCUCAUUAUAAUCGUAUUUUACGUUUCUUACAAGUGCCGGCGCAACAUAAGGUUUGGAUUGCCACCAGCUGAUCCUGAAGAUGAUCAUGAAGACCAACAACCUAUGAGACUCUCAGACGGGCUUGACGAGGAUGUUCUAAUGACUUUCCCAUCCUAUGUUUACUCGGACGAUAUGAUGAUGAUGCCUCAUAAUAGUAGUAGUCAUGAUGAUGACACCAAUAAUACCCAUGGGUCGGGUAAUUGCUCUAUUUGUUUGGCGGAUUAUAAGCCUUCAGUUGAUGUUGUUCGGUUAUUGCCAAAAUGUGAUCACUUGUUUCAUCGUAAGUGUAUAGACACAUGGUUACGGGUUCAUCCUACUUGUCCUGUUUGCCGAAAUUCACCUCUGCCAGACCGGCUUGCAAAUAUGACCCGGCCGUUGUCUCAUUCAGUAUUGGAUAUUAGAUUGGACGGAUAG